AUGGCGCUACAACACCCACAGAGAAGCAGGUGGGUUAUUGUGCUGGUGCUACUAUUGACUCUAUGGCAACGUAGUCAGCAUAGUUUUACCCUCCAAGAGUUGGGCGCGCUGCUGAUGCGUCCCCUCGCGCAGCCCAUUGUUCGCAAGGCAUCAAGCUUGGCUUUACAGUAUAGAGCUGCGACGGAUUUUACGCUUCAAAAAGUGAACCUGAUGACCCCAGAGAUGAGCGUCCAGAAGCACGCGAAGAAGUUGACCAAGCGCAUUUUUUGGGGCAAUUGGAUCUGGCAGAUGUUGGGACCAAGAUUGGGAAAAAGAGCCCCAAUGAAAAACGUCAUUCUCCCAUUUGAUAAGCAGUUCCUGGCUGACCCAAUGAACGACACCCCUUUUGAGACACUUAUGCGCGAUGUUUUGCAGGCAAGAGAUGUCGGGACAACUGCAGUGUUUGCAGAGCCAGGUAUUGGCAAGUCAGUCUCGACCGUUCUUGCCGUGUUGAAGACCAAUGCAAGCGAGUCUUGCAUGACGGUGCUACUGCGGGGAGAGUUCCAAAAGAGCCUGAAGGAUUUUUUCCGGGUUUCAGACACAUCCCUUGCGCUCAACGUUGCCAAUUCGUUUUUCAGCCAAAUUGCAAGUGAUGGCAUUUCCCUGUGCAUUAUCAUCGACAAUGCUUUCGAUGGUGGGCUGCAGGGCGACAGCACUGCCUUGUUGGAUCUCACGCGGCACGCUUUUGAAUUUGGACACCAGCUCGUUGUUGUCACCCAAUCAAGCAAUUUGGCCGCAGAGAUCAACGAGCUGAAUGGCGUGCGCACGAAAAUUGCACCCCAGCAAGAUGGCAAGCGCGCUGAAGAUUUCCGGUGGUCAGAAGACCUUGCCCGUCAAUACCUGACUAGGUCAGUGAUGACAGAUGUCAAAAAGCGGCAAGAUGUUGCUGUUGAUGAAGUGAUGAGGGAAUGGUUGAAUGCCACCAAGAUGCGCGAUGGGUCUGGUGGAUGGAGCCCCAGCACCAUGAGCCUUUACACGCGCGGCUAUCUCAGUCUCGGUGAGGCACCACCCACACGAGGCUCUGCAGUCACGACCUCAACGUCCGUCGUCUGGGUGCGGGAGCUGAUCCGCAAG